GUUGAAUUGGGUGCAAGGUGCUCCAUCACCAUCUAUAGAGGGUUCCAGAAUGCGUCACUGCUGUGUUUUGCCCUAACGGUCCUUUUACUACGACCUCCAUCUCCCACCUGCGAUCCACGCUUAUCACCGACCCAUCCUACUCCUAGCAGCUGCCACCAGUAGGAUCCUAUCUACCAGCCACUCUCGUCUCCCUCUCUACACACCCUUGAAGAUCCACCCACCAUGUCGGUCUGGAACCCCGACAACAUCCGCGACGUCGCCGAAUCCGUCGGCAUCGUCAACCUCAACAACGACGUCACGGAGAACCUCGCCCGCGACGUCGAGUACCGCAUCGCGCAGGUGCUCGAGGAAGCCCUCAAGUUCAUGCGCCACGGCCGCCGCACGCUGCUGACGACGCAGGAUAUCGCGCACGCGCUGCGCGUGCUGGAUGUUGAGCCGUUGUAUGGGUAUGAGACGACUAGGCCGUUGCGCUUUGGCGAGGCGUCGCUGGGACCGGGCCAGCCGCUGUUUUAUGUCGAGGAUGAGGAGGUCGACUUUGAGAAGUUGAUUAAUGCGCCGUUGCCGAAGGUGCCGAGGGAGAUUGCUUUUACUGCUCACUGGCUCGCCGUCGAAGGCGUCCAACCAUCCAUCCCACAGAACCCUACAGCCGCCGACUCGCGCAACCUCGAACUCAUGUCCAAGGGACCGAACGCGAACUCGACCCUCGCCGCCAUGAGCGGCAACGGCAACGUGGCCGUCAAACCGCUCGUCAAGCACGUGCUGUCCAAGGAGCUGCAGCUGUACUUUGAGAAGGUGUGCGGGGCGUUUUUGGACGAGUGUAGCGAGGAGUACCGCACGUCGGGAUACUCGAGUCUGCGCGAGGACCCCGGCUUGCAUCAGCUCGUGCCGUACUUUGUGCAGUUCAUCUCGGAGAAAGUCACGCAUGGCAUGAAGGAUAUUUUUGUUCUGACGCAGGUGAUGCGGAUGGCGGAGGCGUUGGUGCAGAAUCAGUCGCUUUAUGUGGAUCCUUAUGUCGCCUCCCUCGUCCCCUCCAUCCUAACCUGCCUGAUCGGCCGCCAACUCGGCGGCAACGCCGACCUGUCGGAGCAGCUGGCCCUGCGGGAUCUGGCCGGGUCGAUACUGGGCCUCAUCGCUCGCAAGUACUCGCACGCAUCGCACACGCUCAAACCCCGGCUGGCCCGCACCUGUCUCAAGACCUUCCUGGACCCGUCCAAGCCGUUCGGCGCCCACUACGGGGCCAUCAUCGGGCUGCACGCCGUGGGCGGCGUGGAGGCCGUGCGGGUGUUGAUCCUGCCCAACUUACCCACCUACGGUAGCCUUCUGCAGGAGGGUCUGGCGGACGAAGGGGCGCGACGCCCCGAAGCAGAGAAGGUGCUCGAACUGCUGGUCGGGGUCCUGGGCACGUUGCGCGAGGGCGGUCCGGCCUUGGCCAACGGACACCAUGGCACAGUGACGGACGAUCUGCAGACGCAGCUGACGAAUCGGGUGGGAGAGUUUCUGGCCGGUCAGAUCUCUGAGGGGGGGGAUGUACAGCUGGCGCAUGCAAUUGUGGAUGCAUGAUCUCUUGCUUUCUUUCCCCCUUUCUUUUCUUCGAUCUCGUUUCUGUCUCCAUCUGGUCAAUUGUAGGCGAUGGAAUGGGUGCAUUGGCGUUUUGGAUUGGGACUU